AUGGUUACGGGACGGAGGACAGGAAAUCCGGAAGAAAGCAUGGGUUUGCCGAAGGCAGGGGCGAGAUGGAUGGCGCGUCGGGCGAGGAUCAUCAUAUUGCUUGGAUUAGAAAAGAUAUCGAGAUUGACGGCGGGAAAGGAAUUGGGGGAGGUUAAGGGAUCAAGAGGAGAUGUUUAUGUGGGAGUAGGUUCGAUAUUUGGGGAUGAUGAAUCUUUGAUGUGUGGUCUGGUGGCAUCUUCAUUGAGAGAUUGA